CACAGAGCCCACCGCGGUCCGGCUGUGCGCUCCAGGAAAUGUUGGCCUUCGGUGAUUAACUUCUGAACCAUGGUGUCAUUUCUUUAAGCAAAUGGCGACGGCGACAAACUUUGUGCCGCCAAAUGGAAGAUCGAUGAGUGACAUUAGAAACAAUUCUGGUAGAAUAUCUUUAGUUCGGAACACCAAGGUAUGUGCACCAAAAUGUUCUGAGGAAAGGGAUCCUGGAGAUGUGAAUGCACAGAUUCAUGACAAACCAAAGGACCCUCAUGGAUUACAAUUUCCAAAUUUGGUGGAUCUUCGACAAGUUACUGUUCUUCCAAAAGCAGAAUGGCAACGAAUCCAGGAUGAUUUGAAUGGUAUAAAUAAAGAGGCUGAAUUUUUACGUGCUCAGAAGGAAGAAAGAGAAGCUUUACAUUUACAAUCUAAAGAAGUAACUAAACACUGGACAAACACCAUUGCAGGUCACAGACAAAAAAGACUUGAUGCAGGAAAACAACGUAAAGAAAAGGAAGAAGAGGAAAGGAGACAAAUAGAUUUGGAAGAGGCAAAAUAUAAGGAACAGAAAAGAAAAGAAAAUCUGGAGCGGGCUAAAACUCUGCUUUUCUACCAGACUGACAGAGUGAAAGGAUUUAAUGCUGCACUGAUGCUCACUGAAGCGCUAAAAGAACGAGAAGCCCAGAUUGAACUGAACCAGAAAAGGGCAAAUUUUCUUAAAAGUCAAGAAAAACAAUUUCUGGAGGAAAUGCAACGCGAUACAUACUCAAGUGAGGAUGUAGAGUAUCAAAAAAUGCUAAAACAAAAAGAAGAGAGAAAGGCUCUUUCUGAUUUCCAUCAACAACAGAUAAAGGAACAUGAACAACUAAGAAAACAAGAGAAACAGCAAGAUAUAAUGGAAGGAAAAGAAAUCAAGAAAUUGAUGCAGUUGUAUAAAUGGGAACUUAGUAAAAUUGAAGAACUUAAAAAGCAAGAAAAAUACAACAAUAAGAUCAGUCAUAUGGCACACGUUGAGAACAAUAAUAUAAUUAAAGCACUAGAAAAGCAAAAAGAAGAAUUACACGAUGAAGAUAUCAGGUUAUAUGUUUUAGCAAAACAAAAAAUGAUGAAGCUUAGGAAAGAAAGACAAGCAGAAAUGGACAAGGAGAAGGAAGAUCAGAGAAACCUGAUAGUGAAGAUAAUAAGUGAACAAAUGAGAGAAGAAGCACGGGAUGAAACAGAGCGCAUUAAGAAAGCAGCGGAAGAAAAGGAGGCUAAAAGAGAGAUGGAAAUAAAGAAAAAGGAAGAAAAAUUACUGGCAGAUAUGAAGGCAAUUGAAGAACACAGGAUUAUGAUGAUGAAAGAACGUGAGGAGAAGGAAAAAGAAGAAAAAUUACAAGCAAUUGAAAUCCUUCAUGCCAAGAUGGAAGCAGAUUAUGUGCAUCAUGAAAAGGAAAGGAAAAAAAAACUUAAGAAACUGGAAGAAGGUGGAAACUUGCAAUCCUUCCUCCUUGAACAAAUGGCUGAAAAGAAAGCAAAAGCAUUACGUGAGCGUGCAGCUGAACUGGAACAUGAACAAAAAACCAUGGCUCUACUUGAAGUGGAAAAGAAGGAAUUUGAAAAGUAUGUGCAGGAAGUUAUUGAUACAGCUUCAAAAAAAGGGCGAAAUGUCUAUCCACUUAUUAAGGCUGCCCACAAAGGCAUUGGUGGCGGGCAUGGUCCCGUGUUGAAGGAAAAAGGUGGAAUUAGACCAAGUUACCAAGUCAAGGACACCUCAGGAGUUCAGCUUCCAAAUUACAAAAGCACUACAGCAGAGGCGAUUAAAAACUUAUAUGAUAAAUGUGAUAUUGAGAAAUCCAAAAAGUCAUUAGGUUUUAUAUGGUAAACACUUUGGAAAGUAUAACUGACAGAUUGAAUCACUUUUACAACCAUUUUACAUUAAUUACCAAUAUUAAUCUCAAUCAUCU